AUGGAUCCAGAGCCGGUGAAAGUGGAGGAAGUCGAACUUCGACCUGCUUCUAAUAUACCACUAACAUCACACUCAGCACAACUACGCCGUUCGCAGCGAAUCCAGAACCUGCAAUGUAAAGACCCACCCACAUGCACAACUGCAAGCCCUCCACAGAAACGCCAAAGAUUAAAUCCAAGAACGCCUCCACGGCAGAUUAUUUGGCCAUAUACACCAAUCGUAAGGCCCCUUGGUUUAAUGAUACCAUGUCCAAAGGAGUUUCAAGGCUCGACGGUACGGGUUCCAAGGGAGAGAAGACCAAUAGGUUCUGUGACUGUCGCAAGAAUUGAGGCUCUAAAUUAUCGCUGUCUUGGCACUCCUCCUCGACGGCCGAAGUUUGGGAGUGUUUAUGAGAAAGAAGAGUCUAAACUACAUGGGCUAGAUUGGAGUCAACUUCCAGAUAUAAAUGUGCCCCGAAGAUUACGACCGCCUAAAACCACACCGACUACUCUAACUAAAACCAAUAAAAAGGAAAAUAACUCACCUCCUUCAGCACCUAGACCUCCCUCACCAAAUAUUAUUCAAGAAGACUAUGAUUCGGAUGAUACCAUGGAUGAAUUUAUAUGUUAUCUCGGUUCUUCGCCAACAACCUUGGUAUUCUAUCGAACAAUGAUGCGUAGACAUAUGAAGAAACAACGAGGCGGUUGUGGCCAUGGCGGCGCAACUGGCGGUUCUUCAGUAUUGCUUGCGGCGGGGUAG